GGAGGCAGGGAUCAUCAGCAGGGCAUGCAGCCAAAGCAUGAAAGGAAGGGAGCGCUAAGAGAGAAAAGGUCGUUCGAGGUCAAAGGUCAUGUCUUUGUUGGCAGGUUCUUCAAGCAACCAACAUUCUGCUGUCAUUGUAAAGAUUUCAUUUGG